AUUUCAUCAUAUACACUUAAGAGUGAUAUGCAAACGCGCGCCGUUUCAAUGCCGGGUCGAUCCACGCGGCGAGUCUGCCUCAUUGGCCGAACGAGGGGCGAUACUGGAUAUGACCCAGAGUAAACGAACGGCAAAAAGGGUUUCGUGCCGACUAAUCGUCGUUUCGCUUGCUCAGUCUGUUGGCUAUUAUUAUAGAGGAAAGACUCCCUUGGACCUUUGUCCAGAAGGAAGCUCAGCUGCCUGAAGCCCACCAUCUUUGAUAUCCACAUCCGUCGACCCGUUCUUCCCAAUUCAAACCAAGCACAAUCUCAUAGCCUGCACCGCGAUUGACCGACCCACGCAAUGUCAGACUGGGCUCACGUCUCUAACCCUCAGCGUCUCGAGAAGGCCGCCGAGCUGAACGCCGCCGAGUGCGUUCGAAACCUCUCCCACUGGGCGCAUGCAGUCGACGAGAUCGCGACGUGGCCCGAGUACAGCCCUCAGCCGCUGCACUCCAUGACAAACACGGCGAGAGAACUGAAGCUUGCGAACCUAUUCGUGAAAGACGAAAGCACACGGUUCGGAACCAGUCUCGGCUCAUUCAAAGCUCUCGGGGCGCCGUACGCCGUUUUCCGGAUCCUGGCCGACAAGGUGUUCGCAAAGACUGGCGUGCGACCGACAUCAGCCGAGCUGAGGACAGGCCAAUACAGGACCAUCACAGAGCGGGUCACCGUCUGCGUGGCCACGGAUGGCAAUCAGGGCAGAGGACUCGCCUACGGAGCCAAGAUCUUCGGGUGUCGGUGUGUCGACUACAUCCACAACCACGUCAGCGAGGGCCGCGCCGAGGCCAUGAAAGACCUGGGCGCCGUCGUGAUCCGCAUCGACGGCGAGUACGAGGCCUCCGUGGAGCGCGCCAAGGAGGAUGCGCGCAUGAACGGAUGGCACUUCGUCAGCAGUACCUCGUGGAGCGACUUCGACGGCGGGAUCCCGCAGAAUGUGAUGAAUGCAUACAUGGUGGUGGUCGAGGAAGCCCUUCGCAUGCUCCCCGCCGAGGCAGCGAUUUCGCACGUCUUCGUCUGUGGUGGGGUGGGCAGCAUCGCGGCGGCCGUGUUCCUGGGGUUCAUGCUUCGUCACCAGAGCCUCAAGCAGACGGGCAGCACUCUUGAAUCACCGCCUCGAUUUGUGGUGGUGGAGCCACGGGAGGCGGAUUGCCUCUUCCAAAGCGCCCGUCAAGGCGCUCCCAUCCAGUCAGAGGGGACUCUACGAACGCUGAUGACCGGCCUGGCGUGUCGCGCACCCUCACCAGCCGCCUGGAAGGUUCUGUCGUGGUUGACUAGCGAUUUUGUCUCCGUUCCAGAUACGGUGGCUGUGGAGGGAAUGAAGUUUCUGGCCAGCCCGGCCGCCGGUGACGUGCCGGUGGUCUGCGGUGAGUCGUCUGCCGCCAACAUGGGUGUCUUGUUGCAGGCUGGAUGUGAUAAUGGGCUGCGCGAGAGACUCGGCUUGGAUGAAAACAGCCAGGUGAUGAUCUUCAAUCUAGAGGGAGCUACGGAUUCGAAGAUUUUCGAGGAGCUUGUUGGACAGUCCCCUCAAGCAGUAUUUGCUGCCCAGUCUUCUUUCACGAGACCUUAG